AUGGCUCAAGAAACAACAGAAACAUCACCGUUAACGGAGACCUUCCGAGUCGGCGUAAGAAUUCCACCCUUCUACCCAGAGAUGCCAGGUCUGUGGUUCAGCCAGAUGGAGGCGCAGUUCACCCUGGCCAAUAUCAGAACCGACGAGACGAAAUUCUUUUACGUCGUCGGCAACCUGGACGCCCAAUAUGCCGCGGAGGUAGAGGACGUAAUUUCCUACCCUCCGCCCGCCGAUAAAUACGACAAGCUUAAAGCUGAGCUCAUCAAGAGGCUGUCGGCGUCACGUGAGAAGAAGGUGAAGCAGCUUCUCAUGCACGAAGAGCUCGGAGACCGAAAGCCUUCACAAUUCUACCGGCACCUGCUCAACCUGGCCGGCCCCGGAGUACCUGAGGAGUUCCUGCGGACCAUCUGGACGAGCCGCCUGCCCAGCUCCACUCAGGCCAUCAUCGCAUCCCAGUCCAAGACGGAUCUGACUGAGCUGGCCGAGUUAGCUGAUAGGAUCCACGACGUCGUCGGUACCCAGGUCGGAUCUACAGCGGCUGUUACAUAUACAGCAGCGGCACCAGGUACGUCGGGUGGCGCCGCGAGCACGGAGAUCGCCGCCCUCACCAGGCAGUUGGAGAAGCUGGCGGACAAGGUGGACCGAAUGUCUCGCCUACGGGAACGCUCCCGUAGCCGCACGCGUCACGGCCGUCGAUCCAGCUCCACCCGCUCAUCAUCUGCACACCGACGGUACCCACAGUGCUGGUACCACCAGAACUUCGGCGAGCGGGCGAAACGGUGCGUGAAGCCGUGCGAUUACCCACAGGUGGGAAAUGCUCGGGGCAAUCAGUAA